AUGGCCCACAUCAUCCACUGCGACCGGCCCGGAUCCCCGCGAUCAUCACCCCACUCGUGGUUUGUUAACAUCUGCAGUACAGACUCUUUUAUAGGGUCCAGUGUCCACAGCCCGUGUCUGACUCACGCACACGCACACGCACCAGGGCGGCGCCUCACUAUAAAACCUGCGCAGACCCAAAGCCCAGCUCCUGAUCCUCCUCUCUGCUCCUGCCGCUGUCCUGUCCGCUCCUGCUCCGAGCCAAAGAACCAGCCAUGCCUUCAGAACUGGAGAACUGUAUGGAGGCUCUGA